AUGGCCCCCUCUAUCCACCCUCUCAUUGACAACGGCAUCACUCGGGGCGACCCCAACUUCCCCGGUGGCACUCUGCACUGCCACUGCCCAUCCAACCAAGUCGUCGUCGCAUUGAAAAGCAACAUCGCCCAUAACCACGCCUGCGGCUGCAGCAAGUGCUGGAAGCCCAAGGGUGCCCUGUUCUCCAUUGUCGGUGUCAUCCCCCGCGACAAUCUCAGUGUCCAGGCCAACGAGGCCAAGCUCUCCAUCAUCGACUCUUCUGCAGUGAUUCAGCGUUACGCCUGCCGGGACUGCGGCGUCCACCUGUUCGGCCGUAUCGAGAAGCCCCAUCCCUUCCACGGGCUGGACUUUGUACACGCAGAGCUGUCGGAUCAGAAGGGCUGGCAGGAGCCCCAAUUCGCCGGCUUCGUCUCUUCGAUCAUUGAGCAGGGCUUCAACCCGAAGGGUAUGGAUGAGGUUCGAUCCAAGUUCAAGUCUGCAGGACUCGAGACCUACGACGCCCUGUCACCACCAUUGAUGGACCUGAUUGCUACGUUUACCGCUCAGAAGGCUGGUGUCAAGUUUGCCAACCUAUAA